AUGGCGACCCUGGAUCCCGCUCUGAUAAAGCUCCUGUCAAUUUCUCCUUCGACCUCCAGCAAGAUAUCCUCCAUCGGCGGCGGCGAUUCUUCCGCCUCGGCCUCCAAAGUCACGAUCACCAACGAAGAUGGGACAAGCACGCAAUACUUCCUCAAGACUGGGCGUGGUCCCUCGGCUGCACUCAUGUUCGCAGGCGAGCACGCCUCACUCAACGCUCUUAGCACCGCCGUGCCCUCCAUGUGCCCGAAAUCCUUCGGACAUGGCGAAUUUAUCGAUACCCCUGGGAAAUCCUUCCUACUUACGGAGUUCCUGGAUUUGAGCGCCGGCGGUCGAAGCAGAGGGAAAAGCCAAGGUCCGACAUCUCUCGCCCAAAAAUUGGCCAAACUCCACACAAUUCCCGCUCCAAUACCGGAGCGCUAUGAAGCUCCUCAAUUCGGCUUCCCAGUCCAGACUUGCUGCGGAGAUACAGCGCAAGACAAUACCUUCUCCUCCUCCUGGGCGGACAUCUACGCCAACUCCCGCCUCCGCUUCAUCGUCCGCGAAGCCGAGAGAAAUCAGGGUAAAGACGCCGAGAUGAGCAAUAUGGUCGACGAACUUUGCACUCGCGUCGUGCCGCGCCUCAUUGGCGACAACCAUCUAGAUGGUGGCAAAGGCGUCACACCCGUCGUUGUCCACGGUGAUCUUUGGUCUGGGAACGCUUCUCGGGGCAAGUUGCCCGGUAUGGCAGAGCCGGAAGAUGUGGUCUUCGACUCGUCGGCUUGCUAUGCACAUUCGGAGUACGAGUUGGGUAUUAUGAAGAUGUUCGGCGGGUUCGGAGGGGAGUUCAUGAGGGAGUAUCAUGAAUUGGUGCCGAAGACAGAACCGAAGGAGGAGUAUGACGAUCGGAUCAAAUUGUACGAGCUGUAUCACCAUCUAAACCAUCAUGCGAUGUUUGGUGGCGGAUAUCGAAGUGGGGCGAUGGGGAUAAUGAGGAUUCUGGUUGGGAAGUACGGGAGCGAUGAAAAAUCAUAA